AUUCCUCGCGACGCGACGCCACGCGACGCGACGCUCCCUGCUGGGGCGCUCGUGAGGUGGCCGUCUUCCCUCCGCGGACCCAUGGCGGCGUCGGCCCGGUCCGCGCGGGGCCCGCCGGACUCACAUAAAGUACAGAAAGACAAGGCUGGACAGUCUAAAGGGCCCAGUCAGGGCAGCAGAAUGGGGAAGCUCUUGGGGUUUGAGUGGACAGAUGUUUCCAGCUGGGGAAGACUGGUAACUCUGCUGAAUCGACCAACGGAUCCUGCCAGCCUGGCCGUCUUCCGUUUUCUCUUUGGGCUGAUGAUGGUGUUGGACAUUCCCCAAGAGCGGGGACUUAGUUCCCUGGACCGAAGAUACCUGGAUGGGCUGGAUGUGUGCCGCUUCCCCUUGCUGAAUGCCCUGCAACCACUACCACUUGACUGGAUGUAUCUUGUCUAUACCAUCAUGUUUCUGGGGGCACUGGGCAUGAUGCUGGGCCUGUGCUACCGGAUAAGCUGUGUGUUAUUCCUGCUGCCAUACUGGUAUGUGUUUCUCCUGGACAAGACGUCAUGGAACAACCACUCCUAUCUGUAUGGUUUGUUGGCCUUUCAGCUGACAUUCAUGGAUGCAAACCACUACUGGUCUGUGGACGGCCUGCUGAAUGCUCGUAAGCGGAAUGCCCAUGUGCCCCUUUGGAACUAUACCAUGCUACGUGGCCAGAUCUUCAUUGUGUACUUCAUUGCGGGUGUGAAAAAGCUGGACGCAGACUGGGUUGAAGGCUAUUCUAUGGAGUAUCUGUCCCGGCACUGGCUCUUCAGUCCCUUCAAACUAGUAUUGUCCGAGGAGAUGACCAGUCUACUAGUGGUACACUGGUGCGGAUUGCUGCUCGACCUCUCAGCUGGUUUCCUGCUCUUUUUUGAUGCCUCGAGGUCCAUUGGUCUCCUCUUCGUGUCCUACUUCCACUGCAUGAAUUCCCAGCUUUUUAGCAUCGGCAUGUUCCCCUACGUCAUGCUGGCCAGCAGCCCUCUCUUCUGCUCCCCUGAGUGGCCCCGGAAGCUAGUAUCUCGAUUCCCCGAAAGGCUGCAGGAGCUGCUGCCCCUCAGAGCUGCCCCUCAGCCCAGUAUGUCCUGCGUGUAUAAGAGGAGCCGGGCCAAAGGUGGCCAGAAGCCAGGGCUGCGCCAUCGGCUCGGUGCUGCCUUCACCCUGCUCUACCUCCUGGAGCAGCUCUUCCUGCCCUAUUCCCAUUUCCUCACCCAGGGCUAUAACAACUGGACAAAUGGGCUGUAUGGCUAUUCCUGGGACAUGAUGGUGCACUCACGCUCCCACCAGCACGUGAAGAUCACCUACCGGGACGGCCGCACUGGCGAGCUGGGCUACCUUAACCCUGGGGUAUUCACGCAGAGCCGGCGAUGGAAGGAUCAUGCAGACAUGCUGAAGCAAUAUGCCACUUGCCUGAGCCACCUGCUUCCCAAGUACAAUGUCACUGAGCCCCAGAUCUACUUUGAUAUUUGGGUCUCCAUCAAUGACCGCUUCCAGCAGAGGAUUUUUGACCCUCGUGUGGACAUUGUGCAGGCCGCCUGGUCCCCCUUCCAGCGUACACCUUGGCUGCAGCCACUGUUGAUGGACCUGUCUCCCUGGAGGACCAAGUUACAGGAAAUCAAGAGUAGCCUGGACAACCACACAGAGGUGGUCUUCAUUGCAGAUUUCCCUGGGCUGCACCUGGAGAAUUUUGUGAGUGAAGACCUAGGCAACACUAGUAUUCAGCUGCUGCAAGGGGAGGUGACUGUAGAGCUGGUGGCAGAACAGAAGAAUCAGACUCUUCACGAGGGAGAAAAAAUGCAGCUGCCUGCUGGGGAGUACCAUAAGGUGUAUACAAUAUCACCCAGUCCUUCCUGCUACAUGUACAUCUACGUCAAUACUACAGAGCUUGCACUGGAGCAAGACCUGGCAUAUCUGCAAGAAUUAAAAGAGAAGGUGGAGAAUGGAACUGAAACGGGGCCUUUACCUCCAGAGCUGCAGCCUCUGCUGGAAGGGGAAGUGCAAGGGGGCCCUGAGCCAACACCUCUGGUUCAGACCUUUCUUAGACGCCAGCGAAGGCUCCAAGAGCUUGAGCGCCGGAGAAAUACCCCAUUCCAUGAGCGGCUCUCCCGCUUCUUGCUGCGGAAGCUCUAUAUCUUUCGCCGCAGCUUCCUGAUGACUUGUAUCUCACUUCGAAAUCUGGCAUUAGGUCGCCCUUCCCUGGAGCAGCUGGCCCAAGAGGUGACUUAUGCAAACUUGCGACCCUUUGAGCCAGUUGGAGAGUCGGGUCAUUCAAACACAGAUUCUUCAAAUUCUAAUCCUUCUGAGCCUAAUUCUGACCCUGUCCACUCAGAGUUCUGACUGGGGCAGAUGUUGGAUACAGAUGUGGGAGCAACCAGUCAUAGGACCAUUAACCUAUGCAUUGGAAAUGUGAAGAAAUGGAUAUUUUAGACAUUUUUCCUCCUUGUUUAUAGUUCUUUUAAAUUCAGAGAAGAUAUCUUAGAGGAGCCAAGGAAGUGAAGCAAGGAUAAGAUUUAUCAUAUCAAGGUUGAGGGGUUAGGAGGGGUUUAAAAUCAAUAUGAAAAUGCCCUUCUAGGAUAAGAAGGGGUAAGAGUCAGGUUUAAAGUGACUGACUCCCUAGGGAAAAAGAUUUAAUGUACCAUGAUGACAAUAGUGCCUGUUCUCAAGUUAUUUGUUAUAUGCUAGACACUGUGUGAUGCAUUUUGCCUGUUACUGCAUUUAGUCCUUACUGGCCAUUAGCCCUAUUUUAACAGUUGAAAGAAGUGAGGCUCAGAGAUAAAUUUGCUCAAAGACAACACCUAAUAAGAGAUGUAUUGAUGGUUUGAAUUUUGUCUGUUUGACUUAAGGUCCCAUACCCUGCCUCUUGCAAUUUGCAGAAUCACUGACAAUAAUUAUGAAAUAGUGUAGACUAAAAUUUGUCUUAGUUACAGGUAAGAGUAAGAUGGUGAUUAAGUUCUAAAUGCAGAGAGUAAUUUUCUCUUCUCUCCUUCAUUGUGCUUAUUAUGGGGACAGCCAGUUUUUCACUAGCAGCAAUGAGAAUAGGACAAAGAUAAACUAAUAAGGAAAUUUAGAUGAUUGGUAGUAGUAGCUCUCUCAAGCUUAGUGUUAAUUUAGCAUUAUUCUAGCCUUUGGUGAGAAGAAAGUGAUGAUGUAAGAAUUAACCAAACUUGGUGAUGGAUUAGAACAAUGUUUGAAGUUAUUUUGUAGGUUUGGAUGUACAGGGUGAUUGAGGAAGCACCUCAAUUCCUUGGGCAUCGGGCUAGCAAGUGAGAAAUGCAUAGAGAAAAAAGGAAAACCCAAAGGCUCCUAUUUUGGGCACUCAUGGCUUCAUAGCAAAGACUAGCAGUAAAUUGGCAGUCCCAGUAAUUUUGAUAAAGAAUUGCAUCUCUGUUUUCAGGUUUCUCUUCCCAUGCCCCACCCCACACCCACCUCUUCAGAUAGUGGUUGUUUACUAGGUAGCUGCCUUCUCACUAUACACACUUCAGGAUGAUUAUGCUGCUGCUUAGCUUGCUUCCUUGUGCCAUGUACCUAUAGACCUAACUAGCUCCACUUGGGGAUCUCACAAAGCUUUCACUCUGUCCUAGACAGAACUUCUGUUCAUCCCUAACUCAGACCUGCAUCUCCUUUACUAGUGAAUGGCAACUGCAUUUUUUUUUUUUUGUCAUCUGAAUCUUCAGCCUUGAUUCAUCCUUUUUAUCACCUUUCUUAAAUUCCAAGUUGUAUCAAUUCUUCCUCUUCAAUCUAUUCAUCUCUACUACCUCUGUGUUCUUUCAGCCUUUAUAUUGGAAUUUAGUUAAAAGGCCAGAUCAGAUACAAUUGUGCAGGUUGGGCCUGACCUGAUUCCUACAAGGCAUUUUUGUGGGUUAGCUAGCCAGUAGCUGUGCCACAGGUUGGUAAGAGCAAUGUGAGGGAAACUGUUUUAAAGUUUUGUUGAUCUUAGUGACACAAUAUACUUUGGCACAAUGUCCUUUGCCAGUGAGUUCAGCUCUAUUUUGUUCCCUUGCGCUUGACCCCCAACUCUCCCAUUCAUUACUUGACUGGUAUGAAAAGUAGUUCAUUAGGGAAAGGGACUCCUACAAAAGUAGUUUUAAUAUAGGCAAGGAUGCUAUCCCAAAACCGUUAGUAUGCCACCUUUUCUCCAAUGAAAGUGUUGGGGUGGGAUGCAGCGGAAAGGUGGUUAUCUUAAUACAUUUAAGAAAAGCUCAAAGGAAUAAAUGAGUUCAUUUCAGGAGGAAUCAGGUCCUGUGCAGCAGUUCUAGGAAUGGGCUAUCGUCCUUUUAGCCAGGCUUUAGUAUUCCAUUUCGUUCUACUCCACUCCCAGCAUUUGGAUCUUUAAUCCCUUGUCAAGUCACCCCUUCAAAACUUCAUAGGUCGUAUUUCCUUCUAACCCAAACAGUUUAGGUUUAUUCCAUAACGUUGCAUACUUUGAUUUUCAACCAUUUGCAGUCACCAUCACCUUGACACCUUGGUUGCUCUUCUCGGGGCUGGUUACUAUUUAUUCAACCUUAAUUUUUUUGUUAUACAGAAGACAGGCCUUUACAAAGAUCCUUCUUAGUUUAGAGCUCCUCAAGGUCUGGCAUCUUCCUAGCAAAUAUUGAACCUAACCUUAAUUUCUCUGGUGCUAUCCCACCAGCCAAUGGGCAGCGAGCUCAUCCCCAAUUCCGUUUGGCCAGCCAUGUUGCUAUUUGACAGCAACACAUUGUUCUCUAAAAAAAUUUUUGAGACUUUCACUCAAGAUUUAAGUUUGCCUCUUCUCCCAACAUAGUUUAAGCCUCCAAAUAAGUGUAAUCAAGCAUUCUUUGAGUCAUUACAGGUCAAUUAAAAAAGUUGAACCACCACUUGAUUUCAUACAUGCCAGUGUAAACAUGUGCCAAGUGGCUGCUGUACUUUAGCUCCAGGCUUAAAAAGGGAUGCUUCAAGGUCUUGUGUAGUAAACCUCUACAAGAAUAAAGGCUUUAGAAACGUACAGCAUCUUCACUAAUUUGAUGUUCAAAUUUUCACUUUAUGUAACAUAAAAUGGAUUAGUUUUGUAAGCCUCUCACCACCCUUCAAAAAUUUUGCCAACGGUGUGUCACCUGCAGCCUUUAACGUGUUUAUAAUAAAGGGAUUAAUACUCAA